UGUCCCUAAAAAUGAAAACAAACAUGUAGCCUUAUAUGUUAUCUAAUUGCAACACAUGUUCAACCCUACCCGUAGCUUUUACACACACACACACACACACACACACACACACACACACUAAACAGAGAUAUGCCAAGUAUAAAUGCAGAGCACUGUUAUGAAGAAUCUACAGACUCUUCAUUUGCUGCCAUUUUUGGCUCUGGCAUGUUUCUUCGUCAAGAUAAGUGGAUCGAUCUCUCUUCACCCAGUGUUGACUGGUCCUGUCAUGGCUUACAUCGGCUCGAGGGUGGAUUUCCGCUGUAUUACACCUGACUCCUUACUGCCAGUCACCUACGAGCUGAUGGGGGACGGGGGUGUCCUGAUCGCCACGGUCGCUGAUCUUCAAGGGGACCAACCUGCCUCAUUCUACCUGAAGGUCACUGCAACAUUGAAGGGGUCAUACCACUGCAGGGCGACGACAGGAGGAAGCACAGGAGUCAGCAACAGCAUCAAGCUGACUGUAGUCAUUCCAGCAUCAAACACCAUAGUGACUUCUGAACCCUUCCCCCCAGUCGCAUACGAGGGCUCACGCAUCGUGCUGAACUGCAGCGUCACAAAGGGCUCCCACCUCUCCUACACGUGGUUUUUCAACAGGAAGGAAGUAACAUCUUCAACCUCUCCUCUCUUUCACCGCACUGGAAACAAGCUGGUGAUGGGGAUGGUGACUCCAGAGCAAGCUGGAUACUUUUCUUGCAUGGCUUGGUCCACGGUGCAAGACACCAGGAGGUUUUCCAGCAGCUCAGAGGUCAAAGUGACGGUCAAAGUCUACGUUUCAAAACCAAGGAUCUCUUUCUCCACCUCUAAAGUGGGAGACAUUCAUCUUGGCAACGUGACCUGCUGGUCAAUAAGAGGGAGUCUUCCGGUAAACUUCUCUCUUUUGUUGGACAACAAAGAACUGCGAUCUGUCACAGCUACAGAAUCCCUCGCUGCCUGGUUCCCUGUGCACGUGGUGCCGGGGCUGGACAUGGGUGUGGCUCGAUGUCGGGUGAAUACUGAGGUGCAGGAGUUGAUCAGUGAGCCUGUGCCUCUGGAAGUGGUCCCAGUCGGAGGUGAUGUGAAAGUGGAGGUUGAAUAUCUCUACAGAGCCGACUCCAAACUGGCCGCCGCCAUUCUGAGCUGCCGACUCAGCAGAGGAACUUUCCCUGAGGUCUCCUGGCUCUUGAACAACUCUGUCCUUCCUUCUGAGAAACACGUGGACUCCCAUAUUCAGGCUGUCCCGUCUCACUAUACCCUAACUGACCAUGGGCAAAUCCUUGUUCUGGCUAAAUUCAGCCCAGAGGACUCUGGGUAUUACCGCUGCAGGGCCAGGAACAGCUACGAUGACUCCGGGCCCUGGGUGGAGAGUGCAGCCGUGCUAGUCCGAGUCACAGACAGGAUCCUCAACUCCAUGCCUGAAGCAACUUCUCCUACUGAAACACCACAAAAGGUUUUCAUGAACACCAUAGAGGUCAUUGCCAUAGCGUUCUGCUGCUUCCUUUUUCUGAUGUUGGUUGUGGGUGUCGGCUGCGUGUACAACAUGUUUGACCAAAAUCAAGCCCAUGCCCACUUUGCUACAUCCAGCGAACAGAACGAUACUUCGUCUACAGAAUGGGAUGUUCAGAAUCAGACGUUUUCUGGAAAGAACUAGUAUGGUACUAGAAUAUUUCAUUGAAAGUACUGCUCCAUUUUAACCAAAGUAAAUAUGUAUUCAUUAUUCAUUGAUCAUUGGACUAUCAUUGUUCAUAUAUAUUAAAUGGUAUGUUUGCCUGUAGGAGAAUUACAUUUAUUUGCCAUUUUCACUGACCAAAAGACUCUGAUGGUUACAAUAGCAAUUAAUCAAUGUAAACUAAUUAAACAGUGUGACUAUUUUUCCAAUAAUAAGUACAUGUCUUCUGUACAUGAAUCUAACUUUAUUGACCAUCUCUGUAUGCUAAACUGAAGUGAUUGUUUUGUUUUUACUAAUGUGAGAAACAAUGUGACCCAGGUAUAACCAAGAAGACU